CCUUUGCUAAAUAAGUUUCCGAAGCCAGGCGAAAGCUUGAACUAGGCAGAGUUACUGUAGAGGGAGAGAAGGCAAACAAAGAUGGACUGGAUGAAACUGCAUGCUUAUUCCAGGAAGAGGCAGACUCAAAAAAAUGUUCGCUGUCCUUCUCCUGUGCCAGGCGUGGCAGCAUCUGUCACUAUGGGCCGAAGGCAUUCUAAAGCCAAAGGACCGCAGCCAUGCCAAGUUCUGCUUUCCAAGCCUGGAUGUAAACCUGUCAGAAAGCAGUUUGGGAAUACCAUUGCAACAGCUUUACCAAAGAUUCAAGAAACCUCUGAUGUGGCCCCGAUGGGUUGCCUUUCAGCUGAACAAAGCAUUGAAUUCAAUUACAAUGAAAACAGAUGUGUGGAGAAGAAUAUAGAUAUCAGUGAAACAGACACUGUAUUAAAGGAUUCUUUGCAGUUGAACUCUGCAAGUAAAAAGAGCCCAAGAAACAGUGAAACUGCUUCAGGAAUGACUCUGCCCACAGGUGUUUCAGACUUCCUGCUGCACUGUUUGGAUGCAGAUUCUACCAUGUGCUGCGAUACAGAACUUAGUGACUAUACAUGUAGUUAUUCAUCACCUGAAAUCUUUAGGGAGGAAAGAAGUUUAGAAGGAAGCACUGCUAGUCCUGAAGAAGGGUGGCAUAUCCGAUGCAAAAAUUCAACACUCUUGGAUACCAGCAAAGCUAUCAACAUAGACAAGAUGCAGCAGCUGCCAAAUCUUUCAAAGAUAUUGGGUAACUCUAAGCAUGUUAAGAGGUCAAUACCGGAGCAUUACAAGAUUGACAAUCAGCAGCCCAGGAAAAUGAAGUGCAGGAAAAAAAUAAAGUUCAAAAACCUGUUAGAAAAUACAGCUUCCUCAUCUUCUCCUGUCAUACUGGGUUCAGUUGGAAGAAACCAGUCAGCCAUAUCUUGUACAGGCACAGCUGAAGCAUUUCUUUCCAAACUGUCAGAUGCUGACAUGGAGAUUAGGUCUAGAGCAGUGAACAUAAGAAAGAAUAAAGAUUUCCUAACAAGUACAGCACUUCUGCAGCCAGAAGAUUUAGAGCUGGAUUUGUCCUCUGUGCACAAGGUCUCUCAAAGUGAAGACAUCUUGCCAAAUACAAGUAGUCUGUAUAUCAAUUCAGAAGAAAUUGUUCCUGUGUCUCUGUCUCCAGAAAGGAUGAUUCGUCAGCAUUUGCGAAACAAACCAGAAAUCUGCUCUAUCAUUAAAGCUUCACCAGGAUUGAGACCAGUGAAAGUUAUCCAACAUCCACUGAACAGAAAAACAUUCUUUCCACCAGAAUCAACUGAAGAUAUUAUUGCAAGUUCAGAAAACUGGGAGAGCAACAAUGACAGAUGAGUGCUUCCAUAGGUCAAGGGAACAUGAUGGAAAGCCCUUCUGUAAAGUGGGAAAAAAGGAGCACCUUAUAGAACCCUGUACAGCUACAAUUGUAUGAACAAGGUGCAAUCAGUAAAAGGUAAUUAAUACUCAAGUUCUAUUUGAAUGAAUGGGAGUAAUGUUCUUAACAUUACACUUAGAUCCUAUGGAUGUCAAUAUUUAUUUCCAGUUUUCAGAUGUAGUCA